UGUCCAGUGACGUCACGGCAGACUCUGGCUGUUUAUUGUUCCUUCUUGAGCGGCGACGGAGGAAAAGACUGAGGCUAGCCCGCUGACACUCGCCUUUUUCCCGCGGUCUACUACGUCGUAGUCGGCAAGACAGCCCGGUCCACACAUGGCGUACGCUUACCUCUUCAAAUACAUCAUCAUCGGCGACACAGGUGUGGGAAAAUCAUGUCUAUUACUACAGUUCACAGACAAGAGGUUUCAGCCUGUCCAUGACCUCACCAUUGGCGUGGAGUUUGGAGCGAGGAUGAUCACUAUAGAUGGCAAACAGAUCAAACUGCAGAUCUGGGACACGGCUGGCCAGGAGUCGUUCCGGUCCAUUACCAGGUCUUACUACAGAGGAGCAGCAGGAGCACUGCUAGUUUAUGACAUCACAAGGAGGGACACCUUUCACCACUUGACGACCUGGUUAGAGGACGCUCGCCAACAUUCCAACUCCAAUAUGGUCAUUAUGCUCAUUGGCAACAAGAGUGACCUGGAAUCUCGGAGAGAGGUAAAGAAAGAGGAAGGGGAAGCGUUUGCCAGAGAACAUGGCCUCAUAUUCAUGGAGACCUCAGCCAAGACUGCCUCCAAUGUAGAGGAGGCCUUCAUCAACACAGCCAAGGAGAUUUAUGAGAAGAUCCAGGAGGGGGUUUUUGAUAUCAACAACGAGGCUAACGGCAUAAAGAUCGGACCCCAGCACCCCACCACCAACUCCACGCUGCCUGGGAGCCAGGGGGGUCAGCACGCUGGGGGGGGAUGCUGCUGAAGACCUCCUCUAACCCCCCCAGACCCCCCAUUGGCCCUCUCCAAGACCUGUCCAGCUCGGUUACACGUAGUCUCUCCAUCUUUUCUUGCCUUUACAUACAUACCCACCUGGCAACCCUUUACAUACAUACCCCACCUGGCAACCCUUUACAUACAUACCCCACCUGGCAACCCUUUACAUACAUUCCCACC